AUGGCAAUGUUGGGUGAAUGGACAGAGUACGAAUUAGACUUCAGUUCGGAUUCAUGGUCUGAGGACGAAGAUAACUCUACCGAACGACCAAAGCCCAAAACCAAGACAAAACACACUGACACACCUUCCGUAAAGAAGACAUGCUACCAGUGUCCCUCUGUGCCCCAAACGGCAUUUGUCCGUGUCAGGGUUCAGGGGAUUCACGUCGUCAACAAACACAAACGAUACGAUGUAAUAGAUCCGAUGGUCUCUACUGGUCUCAUCAAUAAGGGGAAGCUCUGUUUCCUGAUGGGCGUGGUCCUCUGCAUUGGGUUCCUGUCUCUGGAGAUGUAUAUUGUGCACCAAAAGAAUACCAUCCUCAUGCGAGUUACAGAAGCCAAAAGGAAAGAUGGGAAAUAUUUCAUCACUAUCCAUAAAAGAAAACAUGGCACAAGUGUUACCAAAACGUUGAAACUUUCAAAGCCUUCUUGUAGUGGUUUAUUUGCAGGAGAUGGAGCCGCAAUAGCAGCAUCAAUCAGAUAUUCUCGCCUACAUCCCCAUUCAUCAAAGAACGACUACGUAUGGGCGGCUAGAAAUUGUACAGAUUUUAUACGAAACAGAGGCUACAUAACAAAUUCGGCCCCAGAGGAGAAUGAGUUCCCUCUCGCUAUAAGUAUACUCAUGUACAAGGACGUGGAGCAGGUGGAGAGGCUUCUCAGAACCAUUUACAGACCAUCAAACUUCUACUGCAUCCACAUGGACUUCAAAACAGCUCUCAAAGUGAAAAACCAAAUGAUAAGCAUUGUUAAGUGUUUCCCAAAUGUGUUUUUUUCAUCCAAGCAAGUUGAUGUUACAUGGGGACGCUUUAGCGUUUUGGAAGCCGAGUUAGUAUGCAUGAGAGAUCUGCUAAAGUACCCUGGGUGGAAAUAUUUCAUAAAUUUGACAGGUCAAGAGUUUCCUCUCAAGACCAAUUUAGAGAUUGUUCGGAUACUGAAGAUCAUGAAUGGGGCGAACAGUGUUGACGCGAACACACAAAGCAGGUGGAUACGCAGACGAUGGAAGAAAGCGUUUCCUACGCCGCAUGGAAUUAUUCCUUAUAAGGGAAACGUGCACGUUGUUGUUUCCAGAGGAUUUGUGGAUUAUGCCAUAAACGACCCCAUAGCUCAAAAUUUUACUGAAUGGCUAAAGCGGACCAAAGUUCCAGAUGAAACCUUCUUUGGUACUUUGAACAAUAACCCGAAGCUUCGUGUUCCCGGCUCGUCCACAGGACGCAUCAGUACUGACUACCAUCUAAAGCCUUACAUCGCCCGAUUCAAGAACUGGGGGCCAAUAUGGGGAGAAAAAUCAUUUGACUGGCCGUGUAAAGGACUGUUGUCCUCCAGGAGAGAGCUGUUUGCCAACAAAUUCCACAUCGACUAUCAGCCCCAGACGUAUGACUGCAUGGAUGAAUGGAUCAGGAACAGAACCAUACAGGAAUAUAACGGAACAUUUACUAUGAACUAUGACUUUUAUGAAAAAAUGCCCCACUUAAAGUAUAUUUACAGAACGCCUACAAUGAAAUGAAUGUAACCUGAUAG